AUGUCUUAUUAUCACAUAUUUUACGAUCGCAAAGCCAAUACAAAUAUCGAUGAUACUAGAAACAUUAUAGUUAUAGUUGACGAUGAUCAACAUGUAAACAGUCUGCAACCUAUUUAUUGUAAUCUGCAUAGAAAAAGAAAAUUCGAAAAUGUACGCACACAUGUAAUAAUUACUGGUCGUGGAAUAAGCGGUACUGAAUUAAUAAAGUCUAAUUCACUAUUGUCAAAUUGUGAUGUACCAGUAUAUGACUUAGAACUUCAAAAAGGCAAUAAAAAUAUUUUAAUGCCAGUUGUCAAAGAAAUAACUGAUAUAUUGGAUCAAAUUCAGCCGGAUAUUUUGAUUUAUAUAAAUGAUCCUAAAAACGAAGUAAUGCGUGGUGUUGACGCCGCACUAGCUGCUACUUCUCAGAUAAAUAAUGCCAUUACAAAAAUUGCAAUACCUAUUAAACACAUGAAACAUAUGAUGUGGUUAAGUGAUUUAUCUAUAGAGGCGCUUAAAA